CCAUUAUUCUGCGAUCUCUGCCGACUGCCGUCUCUUUCCUUCUCUCUCUCUCUCUCUCUCUCUCUCUCUCUGAUGUCUCGAAGCAGAGUACUGGAGAAGAAGCUUCGCGUCGCGAAGAAGGCAUGGAAGAGGUUAACCAACACAUUACAAUCAAAAUUCCACGCGCUCAACAUCUCCAAAUCUGUCAAGACAGCCACGCGCCGCCUCACCUCCGCCGUUCACCGAUCGCUCCGCCUCCUAAUCCCUUCAAAAUUUCGCCCUCGCCUUCUCAGUUCUAAAUCUUCCCCUUCCACUUCUUCAUAUAAUUACCGUCACCAGCAAAAUCAACACCUUCAGUUUCACUGUGAUCCAACCAACUUCGCGGCGAUCCACAUAGACGAGCUCUUCGCAGAUCGGGCGGCGCCGAUUGCGAAGAGCCGCGAUGGUGCGAGUACAGAGACCAGCAGAGGAAAAGAAGUAAUCGAGGAGGAGAGUGAAAAGGAGACGAUUAUUUAUAGCAUUGAAGAUGCUUGGAAAAUAGUGGUGGCUUCGUCGCCGCAUCUCCGGCCGGUGGAUGAACGAGCCGAAGAGUUCAUAAGGAAAUUCCGGCGAGAUAUCAUCCUUGAGAAAGAGAAAUCACUUCUCGAAUUUCAAGAGAUGUUGGCCCGCAGUGCCUGAUCCUUACCAAUUCCUCCCACUAUAUAUAUACAUGGAUCUUCGUUUUCUUUUUACAGAUUUGAAAUCAACUUACAUUCCACAAUAUCGAGGAGAAUCAAAAUUGCCUUUGGUUCAAUAGUGCACAAAUCAAGAAAAAGAAGGAAGAAUACGAAAGAAAAACAGCGAAAAAGAGUGGUGGCCAUCUUCAACGGGAUUUUCGAGAGCAACAUGAAAAAUUCCAUGAAGAAGCGACAUGGACAAUAAUUGAAGGGUAGUCAGCCUAAACAAGAUCCAUAAGCCAAUUUGAGAAAGUGGAAGCCAAACACACAUGGGUUGAUCGGAGAUCCCCAUUUUGCCAAAGAGUGGGCACAGUGAUUACAAACACGGGGGCAAAGGGGAAAGAAACAGAGAUCUGAUUUCCAAAAUCCAACUCGAACUCGUCUCCCCUCGUUUGCAAAUCUCCUUGGAUGAAAUGGAUGGCCAACAACAAAUCUGAUUCAAACUCGAGCCGCUGGCAGUUCAACAAGCGAGCAAAUUUCAGCGUGAAGAGGGGGGAGAGGUUGCGGAAGAUUUGAAGCUUUUGCCACCACCAAAAAACCUCUUGAAUCCCGAAUAGCCAUACCCAAGCUCGUGGACAUGUUUCGACAAGCCGCAUCCGUAUUUUAAAAUGUGCUAAUCCAAUCGCUCUUAACUUUAGGAGAGGAAAUCAUGGAGCCAUGGAGCAGUGAGUUUCGAUCACCCCAAAUCGCCGAACAGGUAAUGGCCGCAAGACUCUUCUCAUCUGAAGUGAA